AUGGCCUCCGAACCGUCAGAGGAAGCUAUCACGAACUUUGUGAACUUCACAAGCACGUCGCGGGAGCAUGCAAUACGAUUUCUAAAGGCCAACGACCUUAACUCGAAUAAAGCUAUCAACGCAUACUUUGAAGAUCCAACUCCGCCCCAAUUAGAGCCAGGUAGUUUUCAACAUGACGAGAGAAUACCCUCCUUCCAGAUUGAACAGUCAGACCCUGUUGUCGGAACAUCCUCCGGCGUCCCUCCUUCGCGCCCCCCGUCGAUGUCGAAUUUGAAUGAACAAGCACAGGCCGCGCAGUACCAAGGGCAUAAAACGGGCCCUGCCCACAGCGCUGCAGGUGUAGCGGAGGUAACAGGUAUGACACUUGCUGAACAGGAGGAGCGUGAACUUCAGGAAGCAGUGGCAAUGUCAUUGAACCAGAACCUGGGGCAUCAGGAGAUGGGAAUCACCAGCUUAAAUCAAUCGAAUUUCGGCAAAGCUACGCGGGAUCACUACGACGAAGGCGCAUGGGCAAUGACUCUUUUCAAUUCCAGUGCGCAGGAGGUCAUCAUCAGCCCGGACCCGGCGGACCGCAGAAGAGUAGCUGACGAACCAGCGUUCCUUCGCCCAUCCCACGAUAAUCUGUACCUCGGUGGGCUCUUGACUAUCCUGCAUUCAAUCCCUUUGGCGCGAGAGGCUCUUCUUCUACGAAAUAAGGUCCUCCCGAAGUACGGUCAUGAUCCGCAGUGGUGGAAUGGUCAGCCGAUCAAUUUGCCUAAGAUAGUUACAAUGCAAGAUGCGCAAGACGGUGACACGGCCUGGGACGACAUCCUUUACGAAACUCAAAGACUUGUUGCUUUUCUAGAUGCGACAAGCCGCGCAUUCGGUAGCGUCGAUGCUCUUUCGAGCCUGAAAAGCAUGGUAUCUUAUGACUCUGAAAGCGGCAUCAGUCAAUUCUUGGAGAAAUGGCAGGAAGCCGCCAUCAGAGCGGAUCCGGGAAACCAGUUGGCAACAGUGUUCUCGUCAAACGCAUUCAAGCGUCCCCUUUCGGUGUAUGACACGCCAAUCCAAAAAGAGUUCUUUAUCCUUGACCCUUUCGUGGAGGCCGAUCAUGGCCAAACUCUCUACGAUGUGCUAGAUCGGACCAUCUGGUCCGACAGACCAGGUGAAGAGCUAGAUGAUGUGUGGCUCGAACAUGUGGCUGAAGUUUUGAUGAUCAAAUUGGAUAGCUCCGACUCGGCGAAAUCUGUGGAUGUGAAGAUACCGGCGGUCUUCUACCCGGAUCGGUACCUCGCCACUUGCAAGGACCUGGCGCGUGAUUUCCGUGCGCGACGGCUUCAAGUUUACGAAGAGAUUAACAAGUUAGAAACAUUGAUGAAUCGCUUCUCUGUCUCGAAAUCGGUCUUUCAUAGAGGGCUUGGAUCUAGGGAGAUACUCGAGAAAGCGGCCGUUGCUGCUUCUUUCACUUUGCCCAAAAGUCUUGCCAAUGGAGUAGGUGACUUGACUUUGACACCGGAAGCAGCAAACGCCGAGGCGCAAAGAUUGGCCGGAGAGUUGAGAGAUCUCUCAAGCAAAAUCGAAGACAAGCUGAAACAAUUGGAGAACAGGAAACAGAAAGCUGUCGAAACGCUUCGGAACUACUCCAAGUUCCUCACUGAACCUUCGGAAUCACCUACAGAACCACCACAACAUCGGUACACUUUGCGCGGCGUGUGUACUGAGCCACAUAUAACUUAUGUCCUCAAACCCGUCACAUCCCACAACUCUGAGCAAGCGUCAGAUUUACAGCCUAGCGCAGGCGAUCAGUGGCAAUGGUGGCGAAUAAGCUUCUCUACUGACGAUGCAAAGGCCCGACAGGCAGAGAGGAAGGCGGCAGCAAGCACUGCCGAUGUCGUCGGGUAUACUGCGCGCAAAGUUCGAGAAAUUGAAGUGCUUCAUGCUGCUCGCGAAGAGUCCAAAAAUGUCCUCCUCGUCUAUGCCAAUUCUAACGCGAUGAGCAUUCAGGCUAAUCCGCUGCCGGCCGAACUUCAAGCAUUUGUGGAUGCGGAUAAUCAGGCAUUCGAAGCGGAAUUUGAUGAAGCAGCCGCUGGAGAUCCCAUGGAGGGGCAAAUUCCAAAUGCAAACACUGCCUCUGGCGAAGGCGAGUCUCCGUCUCGACUCGAGGGACAAGACCACCAACCGGCGACUUCCGAUCCGUCAGCCAGUAGAAAGGUGAAUGUAUUUGACUAUGAGAUCCCGUCUUUCGAUGAUGAGAUGGAAUCUGGGCAGGAGAUGCAGGAAAGGGGCAGACCGGGUAUACUGAGCGCACCUGGGGCUGUGCAACCAUCCCGAACUAUGGAUUCAACAUAG